GCAACGGAGGAUGGAGGAAGGAGGCGGCGGCGUGCGGAGCCUGGUCCCCAGAGGGCCGCUGUUGCUGGUCCUGUGCGGUCUCCUGGAAGCGUCUGGCGGCGGCCGAGCGCUGCCCCAGCUCAGCGACGACAUCCCCUUCCGCGUCAACUGGCCCGGCACCGAGUUCUCUCUGCCUACAACUGGAGUUUUGUAUAAAGAAGAUAAUUAUGUCAUCAUGACAACUGCACAUAAAGAAAAAUACAAAUGUAUACUUCCUCUUGUGACAAGUGGGGAUGAGGAAGAAGAAAAAGAUUACAAAGGCCCCAAUCCAAGAGAGCUUUUGGAACCACUAUUUAAACAGAGCAGUUGUUCCUACAGAAUUGAAUCUUAUUGGACUUACGAAGUAUGUCAUGGAAAACAUAUUCGACAGUACCAUGAAGAAAAAGAAACUGGCCAAAAAGUAAAUAUUCAUGAAUACUAUCUUGGGAAUAUGCUGGCUAAGAAUCUUCUGUCUGAAAAAGAACGAGAAGCAGAAGAAAAAGAAAAGUUAAAUGAGAUCCCCACUAAAAAUAUUGAAGGUCAGAUGACACCCUACUAUCCUGUGGGAAUGGGAAAUGGUACACCUUGUAGUCUGAAACAGAACCGACCCAGAUCAAGCACUGUGAUGUACAUAUGCCAUCCUGAAUCUAAGCAUGAAAUCCUUUCAGUAGCUGAAGUUACAACUUGUGAAUAUGAAGUUGUCAUUUUGACACCACUCUUGUGCAGUCAUCCUAAAUACAGGUUCAGAGCCUCUCCUGUGAAUGAUAUAUUCUGCCAAUCACUGCCAGGAUCUCCAUUUAAACCCCUCACGCUAAGACAGUUGGAGCAGCAGGAAGAGAUACUGAGGGUGCCAUUUAGGAGAAAUAAAGAGGAAGAGUCGCCAUCUGCAAAAGAAGAGAGAUUUCCAGCCAUCCACAAACCUAUUGCUAUUGGCUCUCAGCCAAUGCUCACUGUUGGAACAACCCAUAUAUCCAAGCUGACAGAUGACCAGCUCAUAAAGGAGUUCCUUAGUGGCUCUUACUGCUUUCAUGGGGGUGUUGGUUGGUGGAAAUAUGAAUUCUGCUAUGGCAAACAUGUACAUCAAUAUCAUGAGGACAAAGAUAAUGGGAAAACUUCUGUGGUUGUGGGGACAUGGAACCAAGAAGAGCAUGUUGAAUGGGCUAAGAAAAACACUGCUAGAGCUUAUCAUCUUCAAGACGAUGGCACCCAGACAGUCAGGAUGGUGUCACAUUUUUAUGGAAAUGGGGAUAUUUGUGAUAUAACUGACAAACCCAGACAGGUGACUGUAAAACUAAAGUGUAAAGAAUCAGAUUCUCCUCAUGCUGUUACCGUGUAUAUGCUUGAGCCUCACUCCUGCCAGUAUAUUCUUGGGGUUGAAUCUCCAGUAAUCUGUAAAAUCCUAGAUACAGCUGAUGAAAAUGGACUUCUUUCUCUCCCCAACUAAAGUAUAUUAAAAUUGAAGGAAAGAAAGAUGAUUGAAAGUCAUCACUUCCUCCCAACCAUGUCUCAUUAUAGAGUCUCACCAUUGGACUCUGUCUACAGUAUCACAAGAAAGGACUGGCAAUACGAUGUGAAAUCCAUGUGUAUAUAGAGGUUACUGAUAAACGUGUAAGGCAGAUGCUUGUCUCACUUCAUUUAUUUUGGUGUUAUAUGAACUGAUUUCAUUUUGACUUUGCUUGGAUAAUGUGAUUUCAAAAUCUGAUUCAAGCAGUUUAGAGUCUAGCCUAUUCAAAUAUCAUAAUCUUGUACUUAUUGAAGUACUUUUAAAUAAUAUACUUAUUGUGUAAAUUACAGCAUAUAUAAUGAGCUAAUGAAGUAAAGAUAAUGAAGAGAAAAGUUGCUAGGAGAGUGUUUCAUUAAAUAUGAGACCAUGUAUAAUAUGUAAAAUUCUAGUGCUUGAAAUCUUUUCAGCAAAUUUUUCUGUGGCCACUGCUCUGUGUCAGGCACUAAACUAGAAGUAGAAACAGAGUAGAGCCUCACAGAUGAACCAACACCACUGUUAUCUCAAGAAGCUCUUUUUUAUGGCAGGUUGCUCCUCUUCCUGAACUUUUAUGAUUCUUUCUUCUCAUAAGUGAGUUUAUUACCAGUGUAUAUGUGUAGUACCAACGGUUGGUGUCUUCCCUAAAUUAGAGUGGUUCAUUCUAAAACUCACUGUGCUGGCUCUCUGUUGUACCUUCCUGCUGUAUAUUAUAAAUCUUAGUUCUGGACAGUUUUACAGCACAGUAUUUAUUUCAAAGAGAAUAAAAUGUUCAUAAGCAGUCUUUUCAUGUAA